AUGUGGAGCGGAAAACCAAGGCGCGGGGUUGACUGUGUCAUCCACCUGCGCCCUCCCCCGCCUCCGAUCUUCUUGACUCCGCCACCCCAAUCGCCAGACCGACAGGGCGAGUCCGCUCACUCUGGCGGCCUGGAAUGCUCGUUCCCGUUUAUACAAUCAGAGGAGCAACGGAUCGGAACGGAGGACGGCGUUAGUGGCUCGAAAACUGGGGCGCUACAAGGUGGACAUCGCCGUACUCAGCGAGAUCCGGUUCUCCGAACAAGGCCGACUGGAGGUGUCGGUUACACCUUCUGUAGCUGUCGUUCCAGGGCAGAGCGACGGGACGCGGGUGUUGCCUUCGCUAUCCGGAACGACAUUGUGGGACGACUGCCCUGUCAGCUGCAGGGCAUCAACGAUCGUCUGAUGAGCCUCCGCCUGCCUCUCUGGGGAGGCAAAUUCGACACCGCCAUCAGCGCCUAA